AGGAAGAGCCGCGAUACCAUUCCACAUUCUCCCUCCAAUCGGCCGUCCGUUCAGAACCUCGGAUAGAUCGUACUGUCCUUUCUGACCGUCUACGUGGCAUCUCUUUAAUUUAGCACCUUCCCCUCGUUCUACUAUAUAGGAUAGGAGUUUCCCAUCUACUAUCUGCCAGAUUUUCCUUCCUGCCUUCCUUCUUUCUAUCAAGAAUCUAAGCUACCAAGUUACCAACCAUGAGAGUCCGAUCAUGGCUAGCCUCCACCUGCGCCACCAAUUCCACUCUAGACUCCACUUUCUCCUUCUCAAAUAACCAAUCACAGCCUCCGAAGCAUCUUGCUUCCGACACAAGCAGCUCCUCCAACAGCACUCCAUCGACCACUAGUACCGCGACAAGCAGUGUCAGCCUUCAAAGCAAUCUCUCCCUCCAGACUCUUCCUUCUGUCCCUUCCCUCCAAAAAAUCACACCCGAAACUCUCAACGUCUCUUCUCUUUGCAUAAAUUCUCUUAAACCCCAGAAAAAUCACCUCCCGAUCACCUGUCUAGUAGUUCAAGAUAACCUUCUGUACGCUGCUUCCUCUCACGAAAUCAAUGUCUAUGAUCGAACCAACUUAUCCCUUGUCGAUUCCUUCAACGAUAAAGAUUCCUCCUUGGGCUCCGUCAAGUCAGUCUCUUUCUGUGACGGAAAAAUCUUCACUGCUCACCAAGACUGUAAAAUCCGUGCCUGGAAGAUAUCGUCAACUACCAAACACCACAAGCUGGUAACCGUUCUCCCCACACUCAACGACCGCUUACGCCGUUUCGUUCUCCCUAAGAACUACGUGAAUGUUCGGCGUCACAAGAAGCUGCUGUGGAUAAAACACGCUGAUGCCGUUACAGGUCUUGCAGUUAACGAUAACAACGGUUUGAUCUAUUCUGUUUCUUGGGAUAAGAGCUUGAAGAUAUGGAGGGCCAGUGAUUUGCAAUGUCUAGAGUCUAUCAAAGCUCAUGAGGACGCAGUCAACGCUGUGGCUGUCUCCGUUGACGGCAUGGUUUACACUGGGUCAGCGGAUUGUAGGAUUCGGGUUUGGGGCAAACCGUUAAACGAGAAGAGACAUGUGUUGGUAGCUACUUUGGAGAAGCAUAAAUCGGCCGUAAAUGCAUUAGCCUUGAAGGACGACGGAUCGGUGUUGUUUUCAGGUGCUUGUGACCGUUCUAUUUUGGUGUGGGAGAGAGAGGACAGUGCUAACCAUAUGGUGGUGACUGGAGCUUUAAGAGGACAUAAUAAGGCCAUCCUGAGUUUGAUUAACGUCUCUGAUUUGUUGCUGAGUGGGUCAGCUGAUCGGACGGUUAGGAUUUGGAGCGAGGGGCAUGAUGGGAAGUACAUUUGUUUGUCUGUUCUUGACGGGCAUCGGAAACCGGUGAAGACUUUGGCUGCUGUCAGGGAUAACGAUAACGAUGUCGUUUCGGUGUUUAGCGGCACUCUAGACGGAGAAAUUAAGAAGUGGCAGUUGUCGGUUUCACCUUGCAGCCAAGAUAUUGCAAAAAUGAAUUUGUAAAAUAUUAAAAAAAUAAACAAAAAUUAUUUUGAUAAA